GAAGGGACGUCAAGAAGGAGGAGCAACGCAAGCUGCCAGCCCAACAAGGCGCGGGGCCGCUUGCGAGAGAAAGGGAGAACAACAGAUGCAACAACCCUGCUCCCCGUGUUGUUUUUAAGCCGCCUUCUUCCGCAGAUCGUCUUUUUCCCCCCUCCCUCCUGCCCUCCCUGCUGUUUUGGCUUUUCUCCUUUGUGUCUCCAUCCGCGCCUGCCGGUGGCUUCUCGCGCGCGCUUCUCCCGCUUCUCCUCCAGGCCGAUUUCCCGUGGAUCAGGAUGGCCAAGAAGCGCAAGGGGGUCGUGCAGCUGCCGGGGGUGGGCAAGAAGCUCAAGGGAGAAGUUGCAGCCUCCUCCGCCUCCUCCUCCGGUCCUAAAACGCAGCAGCAGCAGCAGCAAGAGGAUGAUUUUGAAGAGGAAAAACCCAGUCAGAAGAAAAGGUUGCCCAAAACAGCUUCUGGAAAAAAGAAGGAAAAGGAACAGGAGAGGGAUAUCUUUCAGCCACCCUGCAGAAAUUCGAAUCAGAAAGGACCAAAGCCUAAAGUGAAGGAGGAAAAGAAUAAAGUGGCAGAAAGUAAAGGGUCCUGUAAAAAAAGGGUAAAAUGCAGGGCAAUGAUACGAUUGACUUCUUUUGGGGGCUUCCUCUUAGCCUUGUCCUCUGAACCCAUAGAAAACCUGAUGCCGAUGCGUGGGGGUCUGCAGAGCACUCCUCUAAAGAAGGAAACAAACACAAAAAAAGAAUCUCCUGUCACAAAGAGAAAGAGAGAUGAAGAAGAAGAUAGUGACGAUGAUGAUGAAGAUGAUGAAAGUGAGGAUGAGUGGGAAGAUGUGGAAGAACUUCAUCAACCUGAGAUAGAGAUACUCAAAGAACUUCCUGCCCCGGCGUUGCCCAACAAAACAGUUGAGAUAGAAAUUGAGACACCCGAGCAGGCGAAGAAAAGAGAGAGAAGAGAGAAAAGGCAGGUUGAGUUUGAGACGUAUCUGCGGAGAAUGAUGAAGCGCUUCAACAAGGGAGUUCAUGAAGACACACACAAGGUCCACCUACUGUGCCUGCUAGCCAAUGGCUUCCAUAGAAACAGGAUCUGCUCUCAGCCGGACCUCCAGGCGAUCGGCCUCUCUAUCAUCCCCGCUCAUUUUACUAAAGUGCCUGCGGGCCGUGUAGACCGCCUAUUCCUGUCAAAUCUUGUGAAGUGGUUUGUUGCGACAUUCACUGUCAAUGGGGAGCUCUCUGAUAACGAAGAAAGUUGGCAGUCCACCCUAGAGAGGCGUUUUGCUGUGUAUGCUGCACGAGAUGAGGAAGAAUUGGUUCAUAUAUUUUUACUCAUUCUGCGAGCGUUGCAGCUACUGUGCCGCCUUGUGUUGUCUCUGCAGCCCAUUCCUCUGAAAGUGUCGGCGGGAAAGGGAAAGACCAGCUCCUCCAAGAAGCGCUCUCUCAGUGCAGUUUCCGAGGAAUCAGGUGGCUCUGCCAAAAAGCCUAAACGUGCCUCGAAAAAAUGUGCAGGGCCUGGUAAAGUCAAGCUAGAGGCAGGCCAAGAGAAGGUCCUGUCAGGGAGCCAGGAAGCUGACAGGAAAUCAUCCCCAACAGGAGCCAAAAGGACAGUAAAUAAACCUACUGCACUCAGGAGUGCUGAGGAAGAAAAGGAACCUGGUGUGAGCAACCUGAGGGAAAGGGGAGGGAUGGGGAGGACCAAAAACGACCGCCUACGAAAAGUGGCCUCAAAAGUGUCAUAUAAAGAGGAGAGUGGAAGCGACAAUGGCAGGGAUUCUGAAUUCCAUGCUUCAGAGGAAGACGAGGAUGAAAGUAGCAUCUCUGAUGAGGACUUCGAAACUCCCAAGAGGAAACAGAGGUCAUCACUAGGGACCCCGAAAGCAAAAGCAGCUCUUAACAACAGGCGGAAGUCUGGUCCUGCGGUGCUGAAUGUACCCAAGAACUCUCGGACAGUUGAGAGUUCACUGGGGGAAGCGGCUACCCCAGGCUCUUCAAACCUCUCCAAGAAAAGGAACAAAAUAAUUUCUAGCGAUGAGGAUGAAGGAGGCGAUGUGGGACCAGGUAAACAGAGAGGCACUGACCAGUGGCUGGAGGUUUUUCUCGAACGGGAGGACAAGUGGGUCAGCGUGGACUGCGUCCACGGCACCGUUGGGCAGCCUCUGCUGUGCUUCAGACACGCCACCAAGCCUGUGUGCUACAUCAUUGGCAUUGAUAACGACGGGUGCGUCAAGGACGUGACACAAAGAUACGACCCGGCGUGGAUGACGUCUACGAGGAAGUGCCGCGUGGAUGCCGAGUGGUGGGAGGACACCUUGGAACCAUACAGAAGCCCUUUUGUGGAGCGAGAGAAAAAGGAAGAAAGGGAGUUUCUAGUUAAACUUCAAGACCAGCCCCUGCCGACAGCCAUUGGCGAAUACAAGAACCACCCGCUUUAUGCCUUGAAGAGGCAUCUCCUUAAAUACGAAGCCAUCUACCCGGAGACAGCUGCUAUACUAGGGUAUUGCCGUGGGGAGGCUGUGUAUUCCAGAGACUGUAUCCAUACGCUGCACUCCAAAGACACCUGGCUGAAGCAAGCUCGAGUGGUCAGGAUUGGUGAGGUGCCUUAUAAGAUGGUUAUAGGCUACUCCAACCAAGCAAGAAAAGCACGAAUGGCAGAACCGGCAAACAGAGACAAAAAGGACUUGCCGCUGUUUGGCCUCUGGCAGACGGAGGAAUACCAGCCCCCUGUUGCCGUGGAUGGAAGGGUUCCCCGGAAUGAAUUUGGGAAUGUGUAUCUCUUCCAACCCAGCAUGUUGCCCAUAGGCUGUGUGCAGCUAAAGCUUCCCAACCUCCAUAGAGUGGCGCGCAAAUUGGAUAUUGACUGUGUCCCAGCUGUUACUGGAUUUGAUUUUCAUGGUGGCUACUCGCACCCAGUCACCGAAGGUUAUGUGAUCUGCGAAGAGUACAAAGAAGUGCUUGUUGCAGCGUGGGAGAACGAAGAAGCCGAGAGAGAGAAGAAGGAAAAGGAGAAGCGGGAGAAGAGAGUCCUGGGGAACUGGAAAUUGCUGACAAAAGGGCUUCUGAUCAAAGAGAGACUGAAGAGACGCUACUCUACUAAGAAUGAGGCAGCAGGAGCAAUGGUGACUCCGGGAGGCGGGUUCUCCUCUGAUGAGGAUGAAGGAGGCGGAGAACCAAGCUCAGAGACACCAGCUGGGGAUGUGGACGUUUCUUGGCCCCAAAAUCGGCAACUGGAACAAGAGAGGGAGGGAGGGAAAAGGACCAGAAAAAGCAAGAGGGAAAAGAAAGGAGAAGCAAAAUACUUGUUCCCAUUUGAGAAGCUGUAACUGGAAGCAGCCACUGUGGCAAAGAAAAGAAGAGUCUUCAUAAAGAGACCAACUUGUAAAUAGCUUCAGAUUUAGGAAAUAAUAUAUUUUUUUAUUUGCUGCAAGAUGGAGAUUUGAGUUUUGACUCAAUAUGUUAAGAGAGCAAUUGUUUGAUUGUGUGUGAAAAUACUUCUGGUGAGAAUAAAUCAGGGAGUUCAUAGGAACCUUUAUAAGUCUUGGCCGUAGAAUACACAUUUUACUCCAUUUGCGGUUGCAAAUGUGGAUUGUGCCAAGUUGGCUAAAAGAGCUUAGAAUUAGAUAUGUUUUUAUUACCCUCUCUUCAGAGGAGCGAGCCUUGCUCCUUUGUAUUUGUGGAGUUACGGGGAACAGGCUGGUUUAGACCAGUUGUGGGGGAUUCUGUGAUCCUCCAGAAGUAGCUGGGACUACAAAUCCCAUCAUCCUUGGCCCCUGGCCUUGCUGGCUGGAGUUGUAGCCCAACACGUUCCCCACCUCUUAUCUUAGGUGCUAUCAAUCAGACGCUUUGCGAAUGCUGUUUCCCCUUGAACAUUUUUGCAAUUCCUUGGUUUCCCAGCGGUUAGCAGUGUCUCUUUCACUGUCCUCAUCCCUUCUGUUUGUCUGAAAGACGAUUUACAUGGUAGCUAUAAAGGUCCCAAGUAUGUCAUCAAUGGCUUGAAGGUGGUGAUGUCCUUUGCUUGUAAAGAGUUUAAAAUUUUUUGGCUUCAGGAAAAGGUGCAGGCCAUCCACAUUUUGGGCACAGUCCCCCGUGAAAUUUGCCAGGACAAACAACAGAAGCAAGUGGAGAGUGUCAGAAAAAAACAUUGCUUGUGCUCUUGCACAUUUCCCCACUUAUUUCUAGAGAGCUUGUGCAAGAGACACAAAUGGGAACCUUUUUGCUAGUUAAAAAAGUACUAUAGGAGCUUUGGGUAGGGGGACUUCUCAAGAAUCAUUUAGUUUUUGUCUCUCUUCCUUCUGCAUCCUCAUAAAUAAGCCUCAUUAUAAGCCAUGUCUGUUUUGAGCACUGAACUAAAGUUACGAUGGCUCCAGUCUGAAAUGGUCUGAGUGAGCACAUUCUAAACAGAACUGACAUAUAAGAAUGUAUGCUUGCAUUCUGCCGUUACUUAAUGGAUCACUGUACAAUGACUUGUUUGCCUCUUCUAUAGAGUGCUUUCACUUAUACACACUUUUUGCUACAAAAGAAAUGUUAAUGAUACCACUUGACACAGCUUUAAAAAUUACACAUUUUUACUGGCCUGAAAUUUUUUUGCAUUUUUUUUUAAAAAAACUCCCUUUAACUAGUAUUUAGCACUUUAAAAAUAACCAGGAAAAAUAUUUUUGUACCGAAUCCUUAGUUUAAAAUAAAAGCUUUAAUAUUAUUUUA